AUGUGUGUGUAUGUAUCUCCCAAUCAGCGAGGCUAGUGGCGCCGGAGCCAAGAGUUGCCGUUCCGCGCACCAAUGCCAAAACGCACAGGAGGAGUCGGUGCCAAAGGGUCAUUUAGCGCACCACUGCUGAGAUGGAAGGACUGUAGGGAGCACAUAGAGUAAACAGCUGCUAUUUGGCCCCCAGAUACGGCAGUCAUAGGCUUUUAAAAGAAAUUUCAAAAAUAAGAAAUAAUACAGGGGCGAUUCUCUGUCACCACGAUCGCUGCAGAGGUGGGGAAGCCCAGGAUUUUUUUUUUUUUAAAAAUCUGCAAACAAACGCUCUUCGCAACACUUCUCCUAACCUGCUCUCAUCGAUCCCUCGCAACCUCUCCAAAAAAAAAAAAAAAAAAAGCCCCACUUUGGCUCCCUCCCACCCUCGAUCCAGGUGUUGCUUCCACGGCAGGACACCGCGCGGAUCUUUCGCCCUUCGUCGCGCUCCUUCAGCCCGACUGUUCCAGCUCCUUGACGCGCAUCAAAGUUUGCACCUUCAGAGACUGUCGACGGUGAAGCGACACGAGCGCGAUCGCAGGGAGUGCGGAGGAGAGCUGCUCACCGACACCACGGUUCAAGCCGACUCCAAGUGCCGUUCACCGGGCGAUGCCAGAGUAAAUGCCGGGGCAAUGUCCCGCCGCAAGCAGGUGAACCCGCAGCACUUAUCGUUGACGCACAGGGAGACGGUCCAAGCGGAGGUCAACCAUGACUCAGGAGCGCAGUCUCCCUCUCCGGAGCAGUCCACCCCCAGUCCUCGGAGGAUGGGGCAGGGAGAGCACGACCUCCUGACCUGCGGCCAGUGCCAGACCAAUUUCCCCCUCGGCGACAUCCUGGUUUUCAUCGAGCACAAGCGGCGACUGUGCCGGGGGCCCGGCGGCGGACCCGCCGCCUUCUCCAAGCCCGGGGAAGCCGGCGGAAUCAUGGGCGUCCCCAUCUCUCCGAGGACCCGGUCGCUGGAGCUCGGGAGGGGCUCGGUCCCAGUGGAGGUGGGGGUCCAGGUGACCCCCGGGGGAGAGGACGACGAGCAGAGGAGGCUGACGCCGGCCAAGGGGAUCUGCCCCAAGCAGGAGAAAGGAGCUCUCGGUGCACGUGCACGCCGUCUGUGUGUGGCCAGCAGCUGUGUGUGGCCAUCAUCUGUCACUGUGGGAAGUAUCUGUAAAAGGAGAUCAGAGACAAUAUCUGACAGCAAAGAUAAAGACGAACCAUCCAGCUACAUCUGUACUACCUGUAAGCAGACCUUCACCAGCGCCUGGUUCCUGCUUCAGCAUGCCCAGCACACCCAUGGCAUCCGCAUCUAUCUUGACAACCAUCUGGCCAACUGCUCUCUCACUCCCCGCAUGGCUCUGCCUCCUCCCCCGGGAGCCGAUGCCCUUCCCCGCUCCCCUCUCCCUACUUUCCUUGGCGACACCAACAACCCAUUUCACCUUCUCCGCAUGGCUGCGCCCUUGCUCAGGGAACACCCCCACCCUCCAGGGUACAUGGAGACCCGGCUGCCUGCGACACCGCCCUUUGUCAGCCCUCCGCCUCCCCCUAGACCACCUCUAGAACGACUGGGCCCAGAGGAAAUGGGGCUGCUAUCACAGCACCCCAGUGCCUUUGAGAGGGUGAUGAGAAUGACCCCCAUGGAGCCCCCUUCCAUGGAUUUCUCCCGUCGGCUGAGGGAACUAGCGGGCAACACAACCAACAACGGUGGACCCACACCUCCUCUAUCACCAAACCGCGUGCCACCCAUGCACCGCCUGCUGAGUCCGACGCUUUUCCAGCCCGGUGCCAAGCCCCCGACAUUUCUCACCUAUGCCCCACAGCCCCCCGCGUCUCAGGGGGGGCAUGGCUCCUCCAGCCCUCCAGAUGCACAGGGUCAGAAUCAGGCCCCUGGAAAGUCCAAAUCAUGCGAGUUCUGUGGCAAGAUCUUCAAGUUUCAGAGCAACCUAAUCGUACACAGACGCAGUCACACGGGAGAGAGGCCCUACAAGUGUCAUCUGUGUGAUCAUGCCUGCUCCCAGGCCAGCAAACUGAAAAGGCACAUGAAAACACAUAUGCACAACAAGUCCGGAAACAUGACUGGCUCUCCGGAGCAGGGAAGUCGCGGCGAGGAAGGAGAAGGUGAAGGAAAAAAUAGGGAGGGAGACGCAAGGGUGAUGGAGAUGGAGAAUGAGGAAGAAGAGGAAGAGGAGGAAGAAGAGGAAGAGGAGGAAGAGGAGGAGGAGGAAGAGCUGAGGAAUGGAAGUCGACCAGAUUCCAACUUAAGCGAGGACUCCCAGGAGUUCAGUCAGAAUAGAGAGAACGGUCCCAGACAGUCACCUGAGGAGAAAUCCAUGAGUGGGGACAGAGUUAAUGACAAUGGUGGGGUGGGCAUCAUGCACCCAUACAACCACCUGGACAAUCACCUUAGACUUAACCCUAACAAGAGAAACUUGGAGAGGCAGCCUAAUGGAGACAGUGGAGAGAGGAAUGACACUGAAAGAGAAAAUGACAGGGAACCAGACAGAGAGCGAGAGGAGCAGGAGGAUAUCAGGCCUCUGAUGAAUGGCAGGAUCAGUGUCAGUGAAGCAGAGUCCUUUCCUGGGCUCUUUCAGCGUAGGCCCACUCCCAUCACCAGCCCCAGCCCCUCCAACAACAAGAGGAUCAAGAUAGAGAAGGAACAUCUGGAUAUGCCCCCAACCAUACCUCUUAUUUCCCCAGAAAAUGUCUACUCCCAGCUCCUGGCUGGCUAUGCUGCUUCGCGCCACUUCAUCAGAGAACCGUUCUUGGGUUUCACCGACUCCCGCCAGUCGCCGUUCGCCACCUCCUCUGACCACUCCUCCUCCGAAACGGGGAGCCUCCGGUACUCCACUCCGCCCGGGGAGCUGAUCGAAGGCGGCAGCGCGUCGGGGCGCAGCGGCAGCAGCACCCCCCACCUCCUGCGCGGGCCCGGACCCGGCCGGCCUCCCAGCUCGAAGGAGAAGCGAAACGACACCUGCGAGUACUGCGGCAAGGUGUUCAAGAACUGCAGCAACCUGACGGUCCACCGGCGCAGCCACACGGGCGAGCGGCCGUACAAGUGCGACCUGUGCAGCUACGCCUGCGCCCAGAGCUCCAAGCUGACUCGCCACAUGAAGACCCACGGGCAGUUCGGGAAGGAGGUGUAUCGAUGCGACAUUUGCCACAUGCCAUUCAGUGUCUACAGCACACUGGAGAAACACAUGAAGAAAUGGCAUGGUGAACAUUUGAUGGCCAGUGAGGUCAAACUGGAGCAAGCGGACAGAGGUUAAGCCACCAGCGAUAAGUUAUAAAAGCAUACGGUAUUCAGCACACACACACACAUCCAGGUUCUCUCUCACACGUACACACACACCCACUAUACACUCAAACAUGCACACAAAUCCCAACACCACUUCUUCAGUGAUGGAACUUGGCUGGAUUAUCACUCUCUCAGAAAAAAAGAAAAAGAAAAUUAAGAUUGAUGUUUAUCUUUUUUUUUUCUUGUCACAGAAACUGCCACCUGAGAAUAUUACCAAAUGGAAACUUUAAUAACUUGUCUGAAAUGCUCAACUGGGUGUUUCAAACAGUCUGAGGAUUUUAUCAGUUAGGAAUCUAUGGAGCCUUUCUACUGUGCAAUAAUUUCUGUAUUUAUUGGAUUUUUGUAAUGAUAUUUGGCAUGUGCAGGUAAAUCUUUGUGGGAUUUCAUAUGGAGUUAGUUUUGAAAUGUUCUAAAACGACAUUUUUUUUUUCUAAAAUGCUAUAACUGAGAAGACGUCACCAUUAAUACGAUGUUUUGCUUUUUUUUUUCCUUUAAGGAAGUUUGUUAUCCUGUGAGAGUAAAUUUGUGUGAAGCAGUUUGCUGCUUUUAAACGUAAAAGAAAAUGUAAAAAAAAAAAAAAAAAAAAAAAAUGUUUUCUAUAUUACCUGCAGCAGCGGAUUACAAUCCAUUCCCUCAUACAGGCCUAAAGCACUGAAUGUCAGCCUGACAAUAAAACAUCCAUUCUGGAUUUUUAAAAUCCGACAUUAUCUUAGAGAUCUGGUAAGUUGGUGUUAAUUUAUUCAGGGAGCACUGUCCUUUUAGAAAAUGCAAAGGCGAAGGAAAAAAAAAAAUCAUUGGAACAAUUUCAAAACGCAGUUACUGUACCGUUGUCCUUUCAGCAAGAAAAAGAAAUAAAAAGGACGUAAAUAAAGGUUGCACUUAACGGAGAUACCCUUAAACUGAUGCUCAGUACAUUCCUAAUGUAGGAUUAAACCACCAUAUUUAAUAUGUUGCAUAGCUUAAAGACUACUUGUGAUUAAUGUGAGAAUGGGAACAGUCCUUUUUAUGGUUUGUAAAUAUUCUUUUUUUAUAUAUGUUAAAGUAGCCCUGACUGUAAAUGAAAGAUGGCCUAAAUCUACACAAUCAAAAGACCAGCUGCUUACAUAAUAUGCUACAUGUAACUACCAUCCAUUUUUUUUCUUUAUUAAGCCCAUCUCCAGAUCACUGUCAAAGGUCAUUUGUUAAGAAAAAUUUACUUUACCUUCAGUACCACUCCCUCCCGUGUCUGAUAUAGAAACCUGUGACGGCCCAAGCUGGCUUCCUGUAUCCCACGAUGACCUCCCCCUCCAAAAAAAUAAAUAAAUGAAAUAAAAUCGGAUAACUGAAAUUCACAUCAAUAUGUGUUACCUUGCGUUCCUCCCCUCUUGGCGGCAUGCUCAGAGUCUCUCUCUGACGGCGUCUUUUCACAGUUCACCAGCUCAGAUUCAGGCAUUAGGGCUGCGUUUUAACAGGAAGCCUGUUCAUUCGCCGCACACAGCGAUACGGCUUUAACUCCCUGUAACAGAUUUCGAGACAGUGUGCCCGUACACGUCUUCCGGGGAUUACGGUUUUUAUUUUCUGCAUCGUUCAUCCUAAAAUGAAUGUGGUGGAACAAAAAAAAAAAAAAAAAAGAAAAAAAAAAGAGCCAUAUGAGUUAUGAUAAUUUGGAGCACAGCUGCACUAGGGGAUGGCCGAGCGACCUUGAGUAGGGGCUAUUCUUAUAGCAAAAAUGAAAGAUUGGAGCUGAGAAAUGAAGAUGUGUGAGAAAGAAAUAGAGGGAGAGAGAGCAGGACCUUGACUGGGGAGAGUAGUCAUUCAAAUGAAAUUGGAAGCAUAUGAAACAUGUAUUUUUUUUUUUUUUUUUUUGCUACCCAAAUGCACAUCCACUGGCCACAUCUUAUAACAGACCAUCAGAGUGAGACGGAGCGAGCGUGAGAGGGGAGGGAGACAGCGGCGCCACAUGAAAGGAGAACGAGGCUACAUCUUUCAUUUUAGCGCCGCAAUCCUCAGCCAUCAAAAUCAUAAUCACUUGAAAGUUUGACCUACCAUUUUGGCCUAUUGUCAGGUUUUAUCUGUACCACUCCGCUUUGAUAGAACAAAAAAAGAUGCGCCGUGCUUUAAAUGCAAUUUCACUUCUAUUUUUCUGGCAAAUCUGAGAAAGAACAUUUUCGCGGUCACAAUGAGCUCUGCAUAAGCUACGUAGUUAAUUAAACACAAAAGCGACACUGUGGCGGAAGGGAGCUUGCUUACAUGUGGAUUUAUGCAUGAAUGCAAAAAGACAAAAAAAAGGGAAAAAAAAGAAAUCAAGGUGCUUUUUUUUUUUUUUUUUUUUUUAAACACGUCAUGUAUUAUUUCCCCCCCGUUCUGUGAUGAGCCACGCGGACGAUGAACAGCGGAAAGCUCACAAACGCCCAGAUCACACACGGACAUUCAGUCUUACAAUAAUAUGUUUACAGUGUUGAAGUAUGCCAUUAAGAAAAUACUCUGUGUUAGUGUUGGAAAUGAUGCUAAAGUGUUUUUUUUUUCUCCAAUGUUCUUUCCAAUAAUUUGGCAGUUUUGUAUGAUUUUCCUGGUGGAGGGGUUUUAUCAAGAUUAAUGUGUUUUUGUAUGAUUGCUUGUUCACUGUAUGGAUUUUUUUUUAAAUGUAAAUGCUCAGUCAUGGCAGAUAUUUCUUUUUCGAACAGCAGUGAUGUCACAUUUUACUCUAUUAGAUUUUUUUUUCAAAUAUAUUUUUUUCACUUUAAAACUCUUUUCUUUUUCUUGAACUAUCCUUAGUGGAUGUAAAACAAAAUGAUUGAAAAAAAAAUGAGGAAACUAAAGCUGAAGGAAAAAACCUUCAGGUGAAUACAGUGGGUUUGUGCAGGAAUUCUUUUCCACAAGUAAUUUUAAAGGACUUUCAUGGACUUUCAUGGUCUUCUCCUCAUGUUUGGUUGAAGGUCUUGUGAUGGCACUUACAACUGUAAUUUUGGAUACAUUUUCAUAUUUCACUUUUCAACACUUUCAUCUACACUCUUUGUACAAAAAAAGUUUCCUUGUUCCUUUUUUUUCUGUUUUUGUUUUGUUCUGUUUUUUGUUUUGAAGGGUGGGGAGGGCAUCAUUGUGAAAAAAAAAGUGUUUCCAGAACAGUAUACAUCUGCUGUUUUGAACAUAUAUGUAUUUUUGUAAUGUGUUGAAAAAUCAAUACAAGAAAGCCAACACUUCAAUAAAUGUUGCAAUUGCUCUAUGACA